UGCUUCUCCAACCUGCUUAUCUGAAACAUGUGUACAAGGCUGUUUCUGCUUUAUACUGGAAUUUGGAAUGUGUUUAUUGUGAAAGUGUCUUCGUAAAUUGAAUAACUGAGGUAUUUAUGUUUUCAUCGGUAUGAAUAGUGUUUAUGGUCACUGUGUCUGGAAAACAUCGUUCAAAUUGACAUAGUUUUUGAUGAACUCAUGCCUGCCGUAGAUUGCCCGAUCCCAGGUUGCGUCUACCAGACUCCUGACAUGGAAGCAACUAUCGUGGCUGCCCUCCUAACAGCUCACAGCGCUAUCCACAUAUCACCGACCACUGCUGCGGUGGUUGAAAAGGCUGAUGCAGUACCCGAUGACUACCCCAUGGAAAUUGAUCCUCCAGAGUAUUCCAGCGUCUCUACAAGUUAUCACAAACCUAUAGACCCUACAGACCCUCCGCCAUCCUAUGAUGAGCUUUACAGGGAUAGGCCAGUAGCUCACAGGGUUUCUGAGUCUACGAUCUCUACCGCCGAGAACCCAGACCAAGACCCUGUCACUGUCAAUCCAGACUCAGAACGAGACCAAGAUUUAGACAGAAUAACUGCUGCUUAUCCCGUCCAAAGUGGUGUUGAUGGUCAUUACUGUCGGUGCAACGACAUUAAAGCGUGUUGGCAGAAAUUCCCAUUUCUCUGUGUAAUCUGUGGGAUCAUGGUGCCGUUUGCUGGGACAACUAAAGCCUUUGAAUAUGACAAUAGACAAAUAUAAAAAAGAAUGAGAUUAAUAGGAAUCUCAUGUAUUCCCAAACAAGAGUUGUUUUACAGUUUACCUACGGUCGGGAACAGAGGAAGGAACAUGUAUAUUAUGGCGACCUUACAUGUGUUUUGUAAAUACCUGUGCGUCUCGAAGAGAACUGAUAAAACUUUAAAACAUGAAUAUUUCUUGUUUAUCAUUUUAAACCAAGAUUUGCCCGGAGCAUUUCUCCAAAAUAAUAUAAAAUAAUUAGUGUAAACAACGGACAUUUAUAGGUGGCAAUGUGGAACUGUACAGCGUAGUCGUAUGCCCUAAGUUGCCAAGUAAUCUUUUGUAAACACUUUAUUUUAAGUUCGACAUACUGUCCAGAGCAUAUUUCAGAAACUGAUAAAAAGACUUAGAUGAAGUCUGAAACAUUUACAGCUGACAGUGUGAACUUGUACACAGCACUUGUUAUGUUUUUGAAUUUUAUUUUUUCAGAUAUACAUGUAGAUCAUGCAUAUAUCGAUAAUGUAUACAUAAGUCAUGUAACGGAAUAAAU